CUUGCACUCGACCAUGCCAGAGAAGUCAUGUAAGUAUGUAGCGAGCCACGGAGCGGGCCGCCAGGCGCUCUGGAUUUGCACACUGCAGGUGUACAACGGUACCUAGGUACCCACCUAGGUACGUACUUAGGUACAGUCUGGUCUAGGCCGCAAGCGUCGGGGCCCCUGCAGCCAGCCUGGCCCCAUACCCAGAGGAGCCGAUAGCGAGCGGCAGGCGGAGUCCCAAGUCCCCAGCUCCCUGGGGAAACCUGGGCAGGCCAGUCGCCUGCCUGUCCAACCCCGAGGCACCCCAAGCUUUCUCCCCCCCCCCCCUUGACCUGACGCGACAGCAGCACGUCGGCCACCGUCACCGUCGGCUGCCUGAGGUCAUCACAAGUCCCACGGGCCAUGUUUGCUUGUGGUCCGUAAACGCGACGCCCCCGCGGACUGCUGUCCACAGCCAGACGCGUCCAAAUGAACUUCGCGCCCUAUCAGGCCUCGGCUCCAGAGGAGUCCCGCUCGCCAGACACUGCAUCUCCGCGUGCCUCCUUGGACCGCCGCCCCUUCUCGCCCUCCGCCUACCAGAAGCGCUCGAACCAGGCCAGCCCCCCGCCGCUGCAGCAUCCCCAGCCUCAGCGCAACUGGCAGGCCAGCGGAUACCGCAUCGCCAGCCCCAACUACCAGGCCAGCCCAGCCCCUGCAGCCGCCGCCGCCGCCGCCGCCGCCCGGGGCGCCGAUGGAUACUUUGGCAACAUAGGCAGUGGCCUGGCCGCCGACAGGGAGGGCAUCAACGAGUUUGACACGAGCCUGGGCAUCAGGCUGGACUACGAGGCAUGCCUGGCUUACCUGGCGCUGCCGCCGCUGGGGGCCAUCCUGCUGUUGAUCCUGGAGAGGAAGAGCGACUACGUCAGAUUCCACGCCUGGCAGUCCGCGCUCCUAUUCACCGCUGUCUUCAUCGUCCAUCUUAUCUUUUCGUGGUCCGUGUUUCUCGGGUGGCUUCUGUUCCUCUGCGAUCUCGGCCUGGUCGCCCUCCUGACCCUCAAGGCAUACCGUGAUGCGGACAUGCUCGACAGGUUCGAGGUUCCCUUCUUCGGCCAGAUUGCGAGCAGGUUCGUGGAUGAGGAGUAAUCCCCAGUGGCUCAAAGGGGGGAAGACGGGCAGCCCUGUCCACGUGCCGGCUGUCUUCUGUUUGCUCAAGACUUUUUUCUUUGGGGAGGGGCAAUUCGACCUGCUAGCACUGCUAGCAGCAGCAGCAAUGAGAUGUAAUGAUACCAAGAUUACGAUCCUUGGCAGGACCCCGUUGGCGGGGAUGCUCGAUAUGUCGUGCUCAGUGCGAGAGCGGACUCGCACCUACAGCCUGCCUACCUAUAUACCUAGGUAGGUAGGUAUUCACAUAUUACCUCUCCCUGGGCAGCUCCCAGGGGCUAUUGUAGGAGACCGACACCCCAAAACUGUACGUAAGAUUGCAGUAGCUACCUACCUACCUAGGUACGUGACAGCCAUGGCCG